CCGGCUCACCCUUUAUGUAAAUAGUAGCGGCUCCGCCCCCUGCUCGCCGCGCCGGAGGUGAGCAGGAAGGAGACGGCCGCCCAGCAGCCCGUGGGCCGGCGGCGGAGUGAGCGGAGCCGGCGGCGGGAGCCGUGGGACGCCGAGGCCUCGGGCGGGGGCCGGCCUGGGGCUCCAGGAGGCUGCACACCAGGCACGAUGAGACGGUUCCUGAGGCCAGGACAUGACCCUGCGAGGGAGAGGCUCAAGCGGGACCUUUUCCAGUUUAACAAGACUGUGGAGCAUGGCUUCCCACACCAGCCCAGCGCCCUUGGCUACAGCCCGUCUCUGCGCAUCCUGGCCAUUGGCACCCGCUCCGGAGCCGUCAAGCUCUAUGGUGCCCCAGGGGUGGAGUUCAUGGGUUUGCACCGGGAGAACAACGCUGUGGUGCAGAUCUACUUCCUACCUGGCCAGUGCCAGCUGGUCACCCUGCUGGACGACAACAGCCUCCACCUGUGGAGCCUGAAGGUCAGAGGCGGGGUGUCAGAGCUACAGGAAGAUGAGAGUUUCACGCUGCGUGGCCCCCCAGGGGCCGCCCCCAGUGCCACACAGAUCACUGUGGUCCUGCCUCAUUCCUCCCGCGAGCUCCUCUACCUGGGCACCGAGAGUGGCACCGUGUUUGUGGUGCAGCUGCCGGCCUUCCGCACGCUGGGGGACCGGACCAUCGGCUCGGACGCUGUGCUGCAAGGGUUGCCCGAGGACGCCCGCCACCGGCGGGUGUUCGAGAUGGUGGAAGCUCUGCAGGAGCACCCCCGCGACCCCAACCAGGUCCUCAUCGGCUACAGCCGCGGCCUCAUCGUUGUCUGGGACCUGCGGGGCAGCUGCGUGCUUGGCCAUUUCCUCAGCAGCCAGCAACUGGAGAACGUCUGCUGGCAGCGGGACGGCCACCUGAUUGUCAGCUGCCAUUCCGACGGCAGCUAUUGCCAGUGGCCUGUGUCCAGCGACACCCAGCACUCGGAGCCCCUGCACAACUGUGUGCCUUACGGUCCUUUUCCUUGCAAAGCUAUUACCAAAAUCUUCUGGCUGAUCACCAAGCAGGGGUUGCCUUUCACCAUCUUCCAGGGGGGCAUGCCGCGGGCCAGCUAUGGGGACCGCCACUGCAUCUCGGUGGUCCACGACGGCCAACAGACAGCCUUCGACUUCACCUCCCGUGUCAUUGACUUUACUGUCCUUGCUGAGGCAGACCCUGCUUCAGCCUUUGAUGACCCCUACGCCCUGGUGGUGCUGGCCGAGGAGGAGCUAGUGGUGAUUGACCUGAAGGCGGCUGGUUGGCCACCAGUCCAGCCUCCCUACCUGGCCUCCCUUCACUGCUCCGCCAUCACCUGCUCCCACCACGUCUCCAACAUCCCCCUGAAGCUGUGGGAGCGGAUCGUCGCCGCUGGCAGACAGCAGCACACACACUUCUCCACCAUGGAGUGGCCCAUCGAUGGUGGUACCAGUCUGGCCCCAGCCCCUCCCCAGAGGGACCUGCUGCUCACAGGGCACGAGGAUGGCACAGUGCGCUUCUGGGACGCCUCCGGUGUCUGCUUACGGCUACUCUACAAACUCAGCACGGUACGGGUGUUCCUCACCGACACAGAGCCCAGCGAGAACCUCAAUACCCAGGGCGAGGAUGAGUGGCCCCCACUCCGCAAGGUGGGCUCCUUUGACCCCUACAGUGAUGAUCCGAGGCUGGGAAUCCAGAAGAUUUUCCUCUGCAAAUACAGUGGCUACCUGGCUGUGGCGGGCACGGCAGGGCAGGUGCUGGUGCUGGAACUGAAUGACGAGGAGGCGGAGCAUGCCGUGGAGCAGGUGGAGGCCGACCUGCUGCAGGACCAGGAGGGCUACCGCUGGAAGGGCCACGAGCGCCUGUGUGCCCGCCCGGGGCCCGUGCGUUUUGAGCCCGGCUUCCAGCCCUUCGUGUUGGUGCAGUGCCAGCCCCCGGCCGUGGUCACCUCCUUGGCCUUGCACUCUGAGUGGCGGCUCGUGGCCUUUGGCACAAGCCACGGUUUUGGCCUCUUUGACCACCAGCAGCGGCGGCAGGUCUUUGUCAAGUGCACGCUGCACCCCAGUGACCAGCUGGCUUUGGAGGGCCCCCUGUCCCGUGUGAAGUCCCUAAAGAAGUCCCUGCGCCAGUCCUUCCGCCGGAUACGGCGUAGCCGGGUGUCAAGCCGGAAGCGGCGGCCAGCUGGUCCCCCUGGGGAGGUGCCGGAGGGAGGCGCCAGGGCUGAGCGGACGGGUACGCAGAACAUGGAGCUGGCCCCUGUGCAGCGUAAGAUCGAGGCUCGCUCAGCAGAGGACUCCUUCACGGGAUUCGUCCGGACCCUCUACUUUGCUGACACCUAUCUGAGGGACAGCUCCCGCCACUGCCCCUCGCUGUGGGCUGGCACCAACGGUGGUACGGUCUACGCCUUUGCCCUGCGUGUGCCCCCCACCGAGCGGAGAAUGGAUGAGCCCGUGCGGGCCGAGCAGGCCAAGGAGAUCCAGCUGAUGCACCGAGCGCCCGUGGUGGGCAUCCUGGUGCUGGAUGGACAUAGCGUCCCCCUUCCUGAGCCCCUGGAGGUGGCCCAUGACCUGUCAAAGAGCCCAGACAUGCAGGGAAGCCACCAGCUGCUUGUGGUGUCAGAAGAACAGUUCAAGGUGUUCACACUGCCCAAGGUGAGCGCCAAGCUGAAGCUGAAGCUGACCGCUCUGGAGGGCUCGCGGGUGCGGCGGGUCAGCGUGGCCCACUUCGGCAGCUGUCGAGCCGAGGACUACGGGGAGCACCACCUGACUGUCCUCACCAACCUGGGUGAUGUCCAGGUGGUCUCGCUGCCCCUGCUCAAGCCCCAGGUUCGGUACAGCUGCAUCCGCCGGGAGGAUGUCAGCGGCAUUGCCUCUUGCGUCUUCACCAAAUACGGCCAAGGAUUCUACCUGAUCUCACCCUCAGAGUUUGAGCGCUUCUCUCUCUCCACCAAGUGGCUGGUUGAGCCCCGGUGUCUGGUGGAACCCCGGUGUCUGGUGGAUUCAGCAGAAACCAAGAGCCACAGCUGCCCCCGCAACGGAUCAGGCCCAGAGAAGGUCUCAGGCCAAGCCAGGAACUCAGGGAGCCAGAGUGAUGGAGAGGAGAGGAGGCCUGGCCCGGUGAUGGAGCACGCUCUGCUCAAUGAUGAGAGGGUCCUGAAGGAGAUUCAGAGCACACUGGAGGGAGACCGAGGGAGCUAUGGCGACUGGCGAUCUCAGCGAGUGGCCACGGGUUACAGCCUCAGCAAUGGGGGAGCAGAGUGAGCAGGUCGCAGGUCCAGGCUACGCAAUGAACACACACUACUGAGGGCGCUUCCUGGGGCGCUGCCCACCCCGGCCCCGGGAGGCCCAUGAACUGGGCUGUGCCAGGGACUGGAGCCAACCCCGGUGUGCACCCUGCUGCUGCUCUUGGCCUCGGAGAGGAGGGACCCCAGGGCCGUGGGGCUGCCCCACCUGGGCCUUGUCUGUCUUGGUUCUUUUGUCAAUGUUGCACAGUUUUUUUCCCCUCCCCUUUUUGUAGUGGGCUGGGUUUUAAAUUAUAAAUUUUAACUGCCUCUGGGUGAAAAAGUUUUUAAUAAACACCUUAUUACCUCUUCA